AUGGCCAAAAGCAACUGGGAGAAGAAAGGGCUUAUUCCAGCCCAAGUGGAACAGCGGGAAACCGUGAGAAGGACAGACACAUUCGGCAGCCAGAGGACGCAGUGGACAGAGCGGAGCACUGUAGACAAUGAUGUGAUUGAGUCGUUCACAGAAGACCCUAAUCUGGUGAACGACCCUUCUACAGAUGAAACAGUUCUGGCCGAUAUCACACCUUCCACAGAUGACCUGGCCUCAGCCAGUGACAAAAACACUACUGCAGAGUGCCGGGACGAGAAAUUUGCUUGUACCAGACUGUACUCUGUCCAUCGGCCAGUAAAGCAGUGUGUUCAUCAAGUCUGCUUCACCAGUUUACGGCGCAUGUACAUCAUCAACAAUGAGAUCUGUUCCCGACUUGUCUGUAAAGAACACGAAGCUAUGAAAGAUGAGCUUUGCCGGCAGAUGGCAGGCCUGCCUCCAAGGCGACUCCGACGCUCCAACUACUUCCGACUUCCUCCGUGUGAAAACAUGAAUUUGCAGAGACCCAGUGGUCUGUGA